ACCGGCAGCAGAAAUUUAUUGAAGGCGAACCGCAGCGCACAGAAUUCAACGACAGCACUCAAUAUGCCACCUAAGAAGCACGAUGAACCUGAACGCAAGCCGCUGAUCGGACGCAUUGGCACCAACCUGCGCAUCGGCAUCGUCGGCGUGCCCAACGUUGGAAAGUCGACGUUCUUUAAUGUGCUGACCCAGAGCGCCGCGCCGGCCGAGAAUUUCCCCUUCUGCACCAUUAAGCCCAAUGAGAGUCGUGUACCCGUGCCCGAUGAACGCUUCGAGUACCUCGUGGACUACCACAAGCCAGCCAGUGUUGUGCCCGCUUAUCUAAAUGUGGUGGACAUUGCCGGACUGGUCAAGGGUGCCGCCGAGGGCCAGGGCUUGGGUAAUGACUUUCUUUCGCACAUCAGUGCCUGCGAUGCCAUUUUCCAUUUGUGCCGCGCCUUUGAGGAUCCAGAUGUGACGCAUGUGGAAGGCGAGGUGGAUCCUGUGCGCGACUUGAGCAUAAUUGCUGAGGAACUGCGGUUGAAGGAUGAAGAGAAGCUGUUGCAGAAUCUGGACAAACUGGAGAAAGUGGUGGCCCGUGGCGGCGACAAGAAGCUAAAGCCCGAAUAUGACUCCAUGCUGAAGAUCAAGGACAUCCUAGUCGACCAGAAGCGUCAGCUGCGAUUUGAGGACUGGAAUGCCCACGACAUUGAAACGCUGAACAAGUAUUUGUUCUUGACGUCCAAGCCAGUAAUCUAUCUGGUCAAUUUGUCUGACAAGGACUUCAUACGCAAGAAGAACAAAUGGCUGCCCAAGAUUAAGGACUGGAUUGACAAGAACGAUCCGGGCGCUCUACUUAUUCCCUUCUCGGGCGCAUUCGAGCAGCAGCUUAGUGAAAAGGACGAGCUCGAACGCAAGAGCUACGAAGAGGAGACCAAGUGCAAGAGCCAGCUUGACAAAAUCAUUGUCACCGGCUACAAGGCCCUCCAGCUGGAAUACUUCUUCACAGCCGGCCCCGACGAGGUCAAGGCCUGGACAAUACAGAAGGGCACAAAGGCGCCACAGGCCGCAGGACGCAUUCACACCGACUUCGAGAAGGGUUUCAUUAUGGCCGAGGUGAUGCACUUCGAGGACUUCAAGGCCGAGGGCAGUGAGGUGGCCGCAAAGGCGGCCGGCAAGUAUCGCCAACAGGGACGCAACUACACGGUCGAGGAUGGCGACAUCAUUUUCUUCAAAUUCAACGCCGGAGCUGGUCUUAAAGAUGCCAAGAAGAAGUGAUGCGCCUACAUUGUCAUGCUGAUCAUCAUGUACAUGAAUUUAUUUCUAUAUUCACAAAUAGUUGUGUGCUUUGCCUGAUGCCGAAUGCUACGCUCCCACUCAUAUGACCGAAGUAAAAUGCAUUUGUUUUUUUUUAUGACUCAAA